AUGAGGUGCAUUCAAUCCGAUAACGGGGAGAAGAGAAAUGACCUGAUAACUACUUCUACUACAAGGUCAUCAAUGCCUCAUUUAUCUUAUAGUUCUUCUACGUCGACCGAUGAUUUUAGAAGACUUUAUUCUGCAUUUGGAUCUCAAAAUGUAUCAGACAUAAGUGCGGGGUCAUCAAGCCAGACCCCAAGACGAAAACAUUUACGGUGUCCAACACAAAAAUCUAACAAUCUUAGAGUGUUCACAUUAUCUGAGUUCAAGAUUGCAACAAAGAAUUUCAACCAGCUUCUUAUGAUUAGUGAGGGUGGGUUCGGGUGUGUUUACAGGGCGCGGAUAAAUAGUUCAGAGGAUUCACGUGCUAAGAUCGAUGUUGCUAUUAAAAAGCUUGGCAAAAGAGGAUUGCAGGGGCACAAGGAGUGGGUUACAGAAGUAAAUGUACUUGGAGUGGUUGACCAUAAAAACCUUGUAAAAUUAGUGAAUUAUUGUAACGAGGACGAUGAGAGAGGAGAAUAUGUCUUUGUUCCACAAUUUAAUUACGCUAGCCUGCAAGACAGGGAUGGAGGAUUGGAUCUUCUGGCGAGCUCGGUUACUUGGGCACCCACUAGUUAUUUCCUUCGAGGCACCCCGGUCCUUGAGACAGCUUACCUACGCGGUGCCAUCGGCAAUAGUGACCCCGACUCUGCUAAUGGUGACCCCGGCUCUGCUAAUGGUGACCCCGGCUCAUAG